AUGGCGGAUCUUUUGGGCAGUGACGACUUUCAGGAAGAUCCAGCAGCCGAAUUUUUGGCCAGAGAACAAGAUGAUCUCGCCGAGCUUGGAGAAGAUUUCGGUGAAGAACAGCCAGAAGCUAAUGUAAGCUCCUCGGAAUCUUAGUUUUAGCCGUAUUUAGUGCCAUUUCUACUGUCGGUUUGUGAUAUUGUAGAGAACAUGAUCUUUAGUUUUGUCAUGUUUAAGUCGGAAGGCGUCAACGGAGGUUUGGACCGUCGGUUACUUACUGUUGAGUAAGGAAUCAUCUUAACAGGAGCCAUUUUAAUUUUCUCCAUUUGCUUUGUUUUUCUUUUUGGCUCAACACUUUAAUCUAAUCUAACUUUGCUAUUUGACACGAAAGAGCUGCUUUCAAAUUCGAAGGAUGAAUCAUUUGAUCUUUCCUUCACACUAACACAAGUUUGAAAGGCCUAGAAUCCAAAAAAGGGGGGGUGAGGCGGUCGGAAAAUUUUCAAAAUUUAAUUCGCCUAAUUUGUCAUUUCAUGUGAAACUUUAAUAUAACGUCAAAAUUCCGGUUGAUGUAGUUAAGUUUGGCAUUUUAUGAGCGCGGGGAAUGUCUUUCGUUUGAUGAAAACUCGUUAGUGGUUUUGUUUUAGGGAGAAAAGUAAUGAAGAGAACAAGAUGAACAAGAAAGAAAUAAAUAAAUAACAUGUUAGGGUGCAGGGGUGCCACGACCAUGGCAAACCCAUGAGUGCCUUCAAGAGAAUUGAUCAGGGUGACAUUAUAUCGAUCUUCUUUGUCCAGGUAAUACUGGAGGUUUAAAAGGACUACACGACUAGUAAACAUGAAUUGUCUGCAAGAGAUUUGUCUUAGCAUGAAACCACAAAAUUACAAAUACUUGGUUUUCUUUUACAGGCAAUGAAUGGACUUCAUGAUGGAUUAGGGGGAAUGGAUCAUCAGCCGGUUGUUAAUGGAUUUGCUGAUGAAGAAGUAAUUUUAAAGAAUGCUUCUAGUGGUCAUUUUGAAUUAAUUUCUUUACAAUAAGUAAUUUUUCAAGCUUUCCUGUAAACCAAUAGUCUGCUGGUCCCACUCUUAAUUACUUCAAUUGUAAAGGGCUCCUUGGUAUUCUGUGAACUUAAGUGGUAAUAGAGCAAAGGGGUAAGUUUCUAAAGAAACUGUGGUGCUGCGUCAGUGAGAGAGUAUAGUAGGUAAUUUAGUGUUAACAACUGGGUAGAAAACUUAAAUUAGCCACUAUAAAGGGUAAAAAAGCUGACGUUUCGAGCGUUAGCCCUUCGUAAGAGUGAUUGAUGAAGGGCUAACGCUCAAAACGUCAGCUUUUUUACCUUUUACGGUGGCUAAUUUACGUUUUCAACCCAGUUGUUAACACUAAAUUACCUGAUAAUAGAGCAGUUUUCAGUUGAGUGAAAUAAAACUCAUACCAAUGUGAUCACAGCAGCCAAUAAGAAAAAUUGGGGUUAACAUUGUAAUUAGCUGAUGAGAAAAUUGGGAGGAAACGCAAUGACCAUUACUAAGUUUGUGUGGUUCAGUGAUCUGACGCUGAAAUUAAGGGACAAGAACAGUGCUAAGUGCAAAGUCACUCUUAUGGGUAUAUAGAAUAAGGAGGCUGUGGUGGUGAAAAUGAGCACAAAAUUCUUGAAAAUCAGCAUGGAGAGAGACAUUCAGUUAAAAAAGUAGAACUGGUUGAUUUAUACAAGGAAGCUGCAGCAAAUAAGCAGAUCAAAUUACCUCCUUCUGCCAUAGACUACAAAAUACUGUUCAAGGAGAAGCUACAAACAAGAGAGAGCAAAUUGCUAGUACCUUAAAUUUUGAAUGCUGGGAUGUAUAACUUCUGCUGAAAUUUUGGUACCAGAUCACUGAAAGGCAAGAUCUUGGAAAUUGUCCAUUGACCAAGCAAUUGGUUUUGGUCUACAAAUGUUUUGUUGAAAGGGCUGCAAGGUCUCUCAACUAAUCAAGUAAAUUGAAAUAAAACCAAAGCAAUUUUGAAAUACUUUUGACAUUCAAUUGGAAUUUGCUAUGUUGAUAAGGUAUUUGAUUCAAGAAAACCUAGGAAUAGCUGAUUCACUGAUUACAGAAAAUAAUACAGGUAGUCGAGCACUGGAAAAAGUGUUCUGAACCUGGCUAUCAGUUAUUCAAGUUAUUCCACUGUGUUGACUGGUUGACUAUGUUGGUAACUCUUGAUUCUUAUCUACAGAUUUCAGGUGAUCACCAGCCUGCUGUACCCCUUGCAAGAGAUUCUGAACCAGAGUCUGUAAGGUAUGGCUUGGACUUCAGACCUUCAGUUGUUUAAUAUUUACCAACAAAAGCUGACAUCAAUAAGAAUAUUGCAAGGUUUGGAAUUUGGCACUUCUUCAGGAGCACCAUAAAUAGCUGAUUGUCCAAUAGUGACAUUUCAAGCUUAGCACAUGCUAAAUCGGUGCAAGAGUAACCUUCAAGUGAUAACUGCCACACCCUCUCUUCCCCUGAGAGGUGUGGUUUUAAUUCUUGUGAACAGGAAAAUCUGCACAUGCACCACAUCUACUGGUCUUGGUAGGGAAUGUAUGUCUUCUGAUAAAGGCCUUGACCGUUGUCCAACAAUAGGUUUUAGCUUUACCAUUUAAAGAAAUACAUGAGAGAAUCCUUUGAAAGAAAUUAUUGUGUUUUUAUAUUUUCAGUGACUGUGAUGGUCUUAAAUGCACUCUUUAACUAAGAUAUUCUUGAUUGUUUCUUUAAUGUAUCAAUGUACAUUGUUACAGAAAAUGGAGGGAAGAAAAAGCAGCCCUUCUUGAGAAAAUGGAUACAGAAGAAAAAGCAGAAAUACAAGAAUGGCGUGAAAAAGCUAAGAAGGAACUGAACGACUGGUAUGAGAGACGAGAUGAACAGUUAGGAAAAACACAAACAAGCAACAGGUAUUAUUGUCUUAGACAGCUAAAGUCAACAAACACUUCUUUGGUUCUAUUGUCAGAUCUCUCUCAACUGCUAUGUUUCUUGAUAAAUCUUGAAGCUAAUUUGUAUUUCUUAAUUUCACUCUUUUUAUCAAGUAACAUUAGUUUUUUAAUUUGUAGAAGAAUUGUUAUUUUACAAAAGUUUGUACCAAAUAACAUCACAUUCCACCAAUUAGACUGUUCCAGUAAUUUCACUGACAGUUAAACACAUAUUACAGUAAUUAAAAAAAAUGUGUGUACCUCUAAAGCUUUAUAUCCAUUUGAAAUGGUGUUUAUUUUUCAUAAUGCUGUGGAAGGUAUACUGAGAAAGUAACCGAAAGUUUUUUUUUAUCUCUGUGUUUUGUUUGGUAAGGUCGAGAAGAAGAUAGAUUACAGAUUUCUUGACAAACUUUAGUUUAGUUAUACUCAAAGUCUUGGGGAAAUUUUCGUUUACAGGGCAGAUGAAGAAGCCUUUGUAGCAGACCGAGAUGACAGCUCAACUCCUGGUCAUGACUGGGAACGAGUGUGCCGCAACUGCGACUUUAAUCCGAAGGGAACAAAAAAUACUAAGGAUGUAUCGCGUAUGCGAUCAAUUUUCUUGCAAUUGAAGCAAACACCUCUCGUAAAGGAUUAGCAUUGCAGUUUCUUAGUAAACUUGUAAUUGAGUAACACUUGUAACAAUUAUCGUUAGUCUCGCUUCAAAGCCAUAUCAUCAAAAGUAGCAUAUAUAAGCCCAACUCUAGCUUCUAGUUUUUUUGUUCCUUUUCAAUCCAGUCGUUAGGUAUGAUGAUUGAUUGACGUUUAACCGUGACAUCAGCCUUAAUAAGUAAUGUAUGUGUUGAUUGGUAGAAUUCCAAUUACUUUGGAAUGGGUCGUUCAACAAAUUUUGUCUUUGGGUUGAGGUGCAAGGCUGUUGCAAUGUUCAAAAUGUUAGGGAUCAUAGUUUUAAAAAAUCUUAUCAUCUCAGAGACUUGAAUAUUGAAGUGGCAAUCUGGUUUCAGCAGUAAGCAGCUCGAAGCGUUCUUUAAUUGUUGAGAAGAACUAAAUGUAGGAACACAAUGGCUGGAAGGAGAUGGAACAAACUACUUGGUCCGAGCGUUUUAACUGAAUUAACGAAAUAACAAAAUGUAUUACGAGGAAUCGAAAAACUGUCAUGUUUUGAGGGCACAGUCAUUUACAAUAUCAGGUAGAAAUCUCUUGGUAACCAUUCAUUUUCGUGCAGUACCUCACCAAUCUGACUAAUUUUGAGGAACAUAGUUUAAUUGAAUAGGAGAGAUUGCGCGGAUUUUUUUAAUUCUUUCUUCUGUAAGAACGGCAUUCUAUUUAGUAUACUAAAAUCCUUACUCACUCUGAAGGAUCAACUGUAACCUGCUUCAUUAAACAAUUACAACUAAUGCAGUCUUGUAAAUAUUGUCAAUUUGUGAUUGUUCACUGGUUGCAACGCGCUGAGAAACUUACGGUUCUAGACCACGAGCAGUCGUUCCUUUCCGGCGAAGUCCAUCGCGCUAGUGAAAAAAAAAAAAGAGUGAAGAAAACAAACUGAUGUUAACACGCCGCGUAGAACUCUGGGAAAGAAGAGCACAACGUUUCUGUAUGCCUUGCUCUCAGAGUUCCGCCGGCGCGCUAAAAUGUAAGGUGAACAGGUCCGUUUGGUGCUUUUAGCGUUAGGGGUUAAUUCCUGGGAGUCUAUAAAUCAAGCACGAGAUUAAAGGUCUUGCCAUUUAAGUUGAAUUAUUUGUUGCGAUACACAGAACUUUCACAGUUCAUGUACCCUACCUAAAAUGGUGAGAGGCUGGCAGUUUAAGAACGAAGCUGAGGCGUUGAACGCAGCUCACGAUCUGUG